AUGUUUCGACGCCAUCAUAAUAACGACAAGCCUGUUGCGAGUAUGGGAGUUCAUGAGGUUCCUGGACACCCUCCUGGACCACCACCUCCGAUUAAUAAUAGCACCAGACCUCAGUCGAAUCAGGAUCAGAAGGUGUUUUCGGGAGGAUCUGGAGAUGCCGGAUUGAGACCGCGAUUUCUGAAUAUUUCAAGUGGCGAGACGGUUCAUCAGCGUCUGUUUUUGACCCAUGGUGGGGCAGGGCCUGCUAAUACUCAGUUCGACGGUUCAAUUCUUAUUUAUCACCAUUUGAACAGCUUUCCAAGCCAAAGAUUUCCAGUGUCGGAUGGCAUUUUUAAAGCCAUUAUCCAUCUCGAACCUGGCUGGAAUAGAGUCAGAUUUGUUUAUGAGGGUCCUGGGGCUACUGGCGGACAGGAAGUGUCGUCAGUUCUGGAACUGAAUUAUGUCCCUCUGUUACAGGACCCGCCAGUUCAUUUCUGUAUUGUUCUUGGUAAAGAUAGUAAAGGAGAAUUCGAUUCUCCAAAGUACAAACGAGACAAAGAGGGUAAUGGUUUAGACCUUCUGGUGAAAAAAGUCCGGUUGGCUGGGUAUAUGAUGUCGUGUUUCACACAUGAACAAAUGAACCGUAAUGGGUUUGGCCACAGAUCGUUUAGACUUUAUGAAGAGUUUUUGCCUGAUACUUUAUCAGUACGAGGUAAAGACUGUCGAACUACAGCCAAGAUUCAUAUUGUCAGGUCAGAAAAGACUGUAGCUGAGAUCCGUGACCCGAACCGAGCCCAGCAGAAUCCCCAUGGUAAUGACACUGGUUCGCUGUUUGGAAUUGCUCUUGAUGCUUUAAAAGCACAUGGAGGACCAUUUGAUUCGGGUCAUCCUGUACACGCAGCGGUUAUUUUUGCCGAUACUCAUUGGGAUCCUCAACAGAAACUGGUGCUGGGUCAUGCUGCACUGGGUGGUGGAUCGGGUGACAUUCGACUGGCAAUUUUCGGCAGUCACGCAUGUCAUUCAUGGCCUAGCAGUAUUGAAGAGAUUGUUCCUGCGUUUAUGGACGAUACUCGAACCGAUACUACUCAAGUUGCCAACGAUUCCAACCAGUCUGGUACUUCGUGGGAAGCGUGUAAUAUUGGCCAGGGUGCGUUUAUGCACGAGAUAGGCCAUCUUUUAGGGUGUCCUCACCAGCCAUAUGGAGUCAUGUUACGAGAUUAUAUCACCUGGAAUCGGUCAUUUAUGACGCGAGAGGCAUUUUGUGCCCGAACCAACAGUCCUGGACUGCAUUUGGCACUGCCUAAAGAUGAAUGUGGAUGGCAUCGAUUGGAUGCUCUACGAUUUAGAUUUCAUCCUGGAUUUAGAAACCCUGAUGAGGAACCAGUUCGCCAGGCGUCUAAACCCAAUGUGUAUCCCGUUGAAAUGGGUUCGUUUGCCAGAUCCGACAGUGGUAUUUACCUUGUCGAGAUCCAUGUAGACGGACAAUGUCGCGGACACCUCGAGUUUCCCGACCGGCCUCAAACCGAAGUAUAUCUUCUAGAAAGCGAGUUGCGAAGCCAUAUUCCUGAAAAGUAUCGAUCCAGCGAUAAGAAAAUUAAGCUGGAGAUUCUCAGUGUCGGCGAACAGCAAGUUACUAUUGAAGAGUUUGGCCAAACCAGUCGUACAGUAGUGAUUCCCGGACUGCAAUCACCAGGAUUGCUGUCGAAUAAGCUCGGUGGAGGCAGUGGUGACGAAACCGUCACGCUCUUCCCACCCGGAGGACAAGCUCAAAUCCGAGCCAUUCGCGUGUUUGCCGGCCGAGCACUCGACGGAAUCGAGCUAUUCUUUUUCGACGGGUCUUCAACCCUCUUUGGCAAACAAGGCGGUAAACCGAACGACUUCCCUCUCGAAGCAGGCGAAACCCUCGUCGGACUCAUGGUCCGAACCGGAGCAUGGGUCGACGGAGCACAAAUCAUCACCUCCCAUCGCCGCAGCCCUGUCUACGGCAACUCCACAGGCGGCGGAGUCCACGAGCUCAUCGCACCCACUGGCUACCAACUGGCUGGCCUCUACGGUAACAUCGGUGUAAGUACGGAAGGGGCACGAUGCCUCCGGCGGCUGGGGCGCUGCCCCAGACCCCGUUGUGCUCGCUUCGCGAGCGGCUUGGACCGUGUUGGUCCGCCAAAAACCCGCUCUUCUGGCUCCCCGACGCCCGACUCGAGCGAAGCGAGAGGAGCAGCGGGGUCUGGGGCGGAGCCCCAGCCGCCGGAGGCACACUCCCCCCGGCAGAAACUAACAGCACCAGGCAUGGACCAUUUCCAUCGGGAUUGUGUACAAUCGUAUAAAUUAGACUAUUUACAGAAAAUAUACAGGCUAUCGAUCGAGACUGCGAGCGUGGGCCAGUUUCGAGCUGGUGCUGAAUUUGGGCGCCUGGCGCUGUUUGAACAGGAUGAAGAGCAUGGCCGUGGUGAGUGCCGACAGCCCGUACCAGGUGACGAUGUACUGGAAAUGGGUGUUGCGGAACUCCACUUUAGGAGGCUUGCCAAUAGGAAUUCCUCGACGAACGAGAAUCUCGGGGUACACUUCGCGACCGUCGUAUGUCAGGUUCUCAAGUGCUUGGAUAUAUACAGGUUGACUUCCGGUACUGGCAGCCAUGUCGUCAAUACUCAUGAAGUAAUAGUUGCCCUUCUCUGGCUCAUCAGGUGGUGUGAAAAAAUUCUUGGCAGGUUUUUGUCUCAACAUACACUCAAUAGUCUGCUCGCCCUGAACAAGUGA